GCCCUCGUGGUGUGUAUAGUCUGUGACCGGUAAUGCAGCUUGCACAUAACGGUAAUACUGUGUUGCAGGGCCACACUCAGGACACAAACUCCUUCUUCAUGUGUAAGAAGCUGCGUUCCAUCGGCGUUAAGGUCAGCAGAAUUUCGGUAAUCCCGGACGACGUUGACGCCAUUGCCGGGGAAAUCGCAGCCUUCUCCUCCCAGUACACCUAUGUCCUCACCUCCGGGGGAAUUGGACCCACACACGACGAUGUCACCUUCGAGGCUGUGGCAAAGGCUUUCGGAGAGGACGUGUCCCCCCACCCAGAGCUGGUCUCCCUGGUGCAGAAGUUCUUUGGGAAGUCAGAUGUUGGGUGCCCGGAGAUGAAGCUUGCGCGGAUCCCCGUUUCCUCUAAGCUAAACUACGGCACAGACAAGCGCACCGGCGACUGCUUCAAAUACCCGCUCAUUAGUGUCCGCAAUGUCUAUGUAUUUCCCGGGAUCCCGUCACUGAUGGAGAGGGCGCUGGAGGGCUUGGACCAUCUCUUCCGCAAUGAGAAGAUGCGUUUCUACUGCCGGGAGAUUUAUGUGAAUGCCGAUGAGAUAUCCAUCGCCGCUGUGCUAGAAGAUGCCAACAAUCGCUACCGGAAAUACGUCAGCCUGGGGUCCUACCCGGACUGGGCGAAUAACUACUACCGGGUGCAGCUGACGCUGGAUUCGGACUGUGAAACGCGUCUGAAUGAAGCCUAUGACUUUUUAAUACAGCACCUCCCUUCGGGGGUAGUGGUCCCGUUUGUGAGCAGCCCAGUGUCCCAGGCGGCGGCGGAGGUGUACCGGCUGGCGCAGUCAGGUUCCACUCUAGGUGACAAGGUUGCAUCUGCUCUGCGUACGGUGGAGGAGGCGCUGGACAAAUACAAUUUACAGAAAGUCUGCGUGGCGUUUAAUGGCGGAAAAGAUUGCACGGCCCUCCUACACCUGUUCCACGCGGCUGUGCAGAGGAGGUACCAGGAGCAUCAUGAGAAGCUGCAGGCUCUCUACAUCCGCAUCGUGUCACCCUUUCCUGAGAUGGAGCAGUUCACGCAGGACACGAUCAAGCAUUACAGUCUCCAGAUUUACACCAUCCAGGGUGAUAUUAAACAGGCUCUGAUGGACCUAAAGGCUGAACAGCCCCAGCUGGAAGCCAUUCUGAUGGGGACACGUCGCACGGAUCCCUACUCCAAAUCCCUGACUUCAAUGUGCCUGACCGACCCUGACUGGCCUAAGUACAUGCGAGUGAAUCCCUUGUUGGACUGGUCCUACCGAGACAUCUGGGAGUUCCUGCGGACGCUAUAUAUUCCCUAUUGCAUUCUAUAUGAUAAAGGGUACACCUCUCUAGGAAGCACAGAGAAUACCAGCAAGAAUCCUGCCCUGCGAUACACCACCACAGCCGGUGCUGAGAGCUUCCACCCAGCGUACAUGCUUGAGAACGAGGAGGAGGAGCGGAUGUCUAGGAAUCUGCCCGUCGCCUCAGCCUAUGGUCUGGAGUAGAUGCUGAGCCACUUGGAGCAGAGACCUGAUUGCGGCUGCUGCCACGGAUGGGUGCCAUUGGUGUGGGGGGGAGGGGGGGGGGGCGCUGUGAUACGUCAUUAUGUGGCACUCUGACAUUUCCAGGGGAGGUGGAGACACCUAGCCAUCUCUCUGCUGAUGCCUGUUUGGUGUCAGCGUUUGUCCCUCUGCUGCGUCAGCAGCUGUCACAUGACCCACAGGGCGAGUGCCUCCUGUGGAAGGGUUAAACAUACGCAUGUGAUGGGUAAUGUACAGAGGCGGGCACCUAUCUGACCUGUGGAAAAAAUGCUGCUUUUGUAAUGAUGCCAGCUUUGCCUGGGGGCGGGGGAAAGCCCCCCCCCCCCCUUCCUCCACCACUGUCCCAGCACGACAAACAAAGCCGGGGAUUAUAGAGUUUUCCACGCUGUUCCCAGUACAAUGGUCCAGGCCGCCUCCUGACUUCUCCUCCCCUCCGGCCAGGGCUCGUGCUCUCCCGCCAGCUGAUAAAUUGCACCCCCGCCCCCCAUACCCAGAACCGCAU